CCCCGCGCCCGAGCUGGGAGGCUGCGAGAGCGGAGCUAGUCGUCGCCUCAGCCGCUGCAAAGCCACCGGAGCUUCAACAGCCGCCACUGAGUCGCGCUCGGAGCCCGGCCGAGGAGGCUGCAGCUGCAGCCGGGAUCCCGCAGCCCGCGCCUCCAGCCCAUCGCCGCCCGCCUAGGGCGCUCCAGGCCGCACCAUGGUGAAGGUGACGUUCAACUCGGCUCUGGCCCAGAAGGAGGCCAAGAAGGACGAUCCCAAGAGCGGCGAGGAGGCGCUCAUCAUUCCCCCCGACGCCGUCGCGGUGGACUGCAAGGAUCCAGAUGAUGUGGUACCAGUUGGCCAGAGAAGAGCUUGGUGUUGGUGCAUGUGCUUUGGACUAGCAUUUAUGCUAGCAGGUGUCAUUCUUGGAGGAGCUUAUCUGUACAAAUAUUUUGCACUUCAACCAGAUGACGUGUACUACUGUGGAAUAAAGUACAUCAAAGAUGAUGUCAUCUUAAAUGAGCCUUCUGCAGAUGCCCCAGCUGCUCGCUACCAGACAAUUGAAGAAAAUAUUAAAAUCUUUGAAGAAGAUGCGGUUGAAUUCAUCAGCGUGCCUGUCCCAGAAUUUGCAGAUAGUGAUCCUGCUAACAUUGUUCAUGACUUUAACAAGAAACUCACUGCGUAUUUAGAUCUUAACCUGGAUAAAUGCUAUGUGAUCCCUCUGAACACUUCCAUUGUUAUGCCGCCCAGAAACCUGUUGAUUGAAAACAUCGAUCACUUGGGUUUCUUUAUUUAUCGACUGUGUCAUGACAAGGAAACUUACAAACUGCAACGCAGAGAAACUAUUAAAGGUAUUCAGAAACGGGAAGCCAGUGAUUGUGUCACAAUUCGGCAUUUUGAAAACAAAUUUGCCGUGGAAACUUUAAUUUGUUCUUGAACAGUCAAGAAAAACAUGAAGAAAAAUUUAAUACCACAGCAUAACCCCAUCCUUUGUAUUUUGUGCAGUGAUUAUUUUUUAAAUCUACUUUCAUGUAAGUAGCAAACAGGGCUUCACUAUCUUUUCAUCUCAUUAAUUCAAUUAAAACCAUUACCUUUAAAAACAUCUUUUCUUCUUUCUAAGUGUGGUGUCUUUUAUAUUCGAAUUAGUAAUUGUAUGAAGUCAUGGAUAAUACUGCACUUCACCACCAAUCUUAGUGUUAGGAUGAAUUAAAAUUUUUAAUCAUUUAUCUGGGUUUUUAUGUUUUAAUUAUGCAUUUUCAAGAGGAGGGGUUAUCUAAAGAAUAAUCAUAUAUGUGCAUACAUUAAAAUGGACCACAGUGACUUAUUUGUAGUUGUUAGUUCCCUGCUGCCUAGUUUGUUAGAGCAUUUGAGCACACAUUUUAAUUUUCCUUUAAUUAAAAUGUACAGUAUUUUCAGUGUUGCAUUCAACUAUUUAGAGUAUGAUUUCCACCUUGAUGUUUUAAUAUCCUAGGCAUAUGCUGUAAUAAUAUUUUAGAAAAUGUUUGGAGUUUAAGAAAUAACUUGUGUUACUAAUUUGUAUAACCCAUAUCUGUGCAAUGGAAUAUAAAUAUCACAAAGUUGUUUGACUAGA